AUGAUAACAGCGAUGGCGGGUUCGGCUUCUGGAUCGAGGGCAGCGACCUUGUUGACCCUCAUUGCUUUGUCCUUGGGAGACGUUGCCGACGCAAAAUUUCUUUCCAUGCCUUUCACCACCGACUUCGACAUCUUUGGCUCAGGUACCUACGGCCCAGAUGGACCAUGGCAGGCUGUCGGCGUCCUGCUCGGGAGCCAUGAGCGCAAGUCCCACCUCGUGCCUCUCGAGGGUCCCACUGUGGCGGUCUGGCCUACGGCGGCCUCGAUGGUAGCCCUUCACUCGACCAAGGCUGGUGGCAAGUACAACAUCACCCGCUCCGGCAACGCAUCCGAACCAUUCCUCAAGAUCACCGAGGGCACAUCCGAAGACAACGCCUCGGCCCUUUUCCGCUUCGCAGAUCUGAACUCCAACCACAGGACAUCCGGCCUCAUGGUUGUCGACGCAAUGACCUUUACCAACCUGCGAUUCGAGGAGCCCGGGUACGCCAACGUCCAGGCCACGAUCUAUGUGAUGGACUCAUCCGUCAUCACUUAUCCCAACAACAGAACGUCUAAGCCGACCGUCGGGGUCCUAGGCUUUGGACGACCGAGCGACCUGAACUUUCGCGGGACGAGCGUUCUGGUCCAGAUGAAGGAGGCCGGUCUCAUAUCGUCCAGCUCGUUUGGGCUGCACAUCGCGAGCGUACCACUGAAGCAGCGGGGUUCGCUAAUCUUGGGGGGAUACGAAGAAAACAGAGUUAUAGGUCCCGUAGGCGUCUUCACAAAGACAACUGGCCUGCCAGUCACCUAUCUCACCGACGUCAGCAUCGGAUACGAGGGCGCCACAGAGAAGGACAGGGAAGACGGGAGCGUGUGGCCCAACCCAGUACCAGACGAAGCGAGCAGAGUCGGUCUCGCGCGAUUCAUGCAGCCAUCAGAAAACGGCAUCAUCGCCAUUCCCAACCCAGCAGUUCCCGGCAUCUACCUCCCUCCUCCCGUGUGCGCCAACGCAGCGACGAAGCUCCCUGUUGUAUGGAAGGAAGACCUCGGGUAUUAUCUCUGGGACACAACAGACCCCCGUUACGACACGGUGAUGAACUUUGGCGGCUACAUGGCUUUCACCUUCCUCGACUCAACAGCAGCCAACAUCACCAUCAAAAUCCCAUUCAAACUGCUCAAUCUCACACUGGAGGCACCGAUUGUCGACGAGCCGGUCCCCUAUUUUCCAUGCCACGACACCGACAGCUACAACACCGGCAUCUGGGAACUUGGCCGAGCUUUUCUCCAGGGAGCUUUCUUUGGCGUCAACUACGACACAAACGUCACGUUUCUGGCGCAGGCCCCAGGCCCUGAUAUGGAACAAAGUGUGACACGAUCCUUGGAGCCCACAGAUCGAAACAUGACCGGUCUGCCCGUCAAGGCAUUCGUCAAUAGCUGGCGGAAACAAUGGCCGGAGCUUGUGAUUCCUGAUACCGAGUCCACUCUCAGCCCGGGAGCUCUGGCAGGUAUCAUCACUGGGACCCUAGCGGUUGUUGGUCUACUCACGGCUGUUGGCUGGUUUGUCUGGCGGCGGAGACAACGGGGUAGGGGGGCGCAGCAGUUAUCGGGGGAGCAGCCGUCGGAUUCUGAAAUGAAGUCCGUGAGUGAAUUGGGCAUCCGGGACAAGGUUGAAGCAAAAAUAUGCCCUUACCCGGAGAAGCCGUUUGUGGAGAUAGGCGAUAGCACAGUCCUGGAGCUGGACUCGAGAAGUGUAACAAGUGUGAGGACCGUGAGGACGGCGCGGGAUCUGUCCCAGUUCAGCGAGGCACCGGACUCACCGGGCGUAUACGAGAUGCCUGCUGAUAAUCCAUUUGUGGACCGGCAAAGGGAUAAAGAGAAGGAGGCGGACAGGGAAAGUCAACGGUGA